AUGGGUGCGUGCCUGGGCAAGCCGCUAGCGGAUGGCGAUCAACAAGGAGGGCGGAGAAAACACAAGGGCCGACACAAAAAUGCCGCACCGGAAGAGCCGGAGGAGUUAGUCUUCGCAAAUGAGAAGCCGCCGGAGAAAGGCGCCGCGGAGGCGCAACCUCAACAGCGGAACGGCGAAAUUGCUGAAGGAUCGAACGCGGGAGGGGGGGAAGCAACCGGGGGAGGAAAUGGCGCGGGGAGCGCGUUCGGGGCGGGCGGUGGGGGAAGGGCGGGGCUGAGCCCGUUCGAGGAUCCGCGGAACAAGGUGUUCGAGUCGCCCGCAAUGUCGGUAAUGGGCACUCCCGCCAUCCACCUGUCCAAUUUCUCCCCCGCGCCCGCCACCUUCGACGGGCUCGCGGGGAGCAUUCUGCAGCAGGCGGCGGAAAAGGCGCGCGUGAGCCGGCUGCGCGACGACGAGCGCGGCAAGCAGAUGGGCGCGGCGGAGGGCGCCGCGGGGGGCGGGAACCAGAUCCCCGUGGGCGUGGUGGUUGGCGGAGGGGGCGGCGGAGGGUUCGGCGCAGCGGCGGGCGCAGGGAGCGCGGGGGCGGGGAGCAGCGGAGGAUCGGGGGAGGGGCAUGAGGGAAAGGAGCUGAAUAAGAAAUUCGGGUAUGCGCGGAACAUUAACGCCAAGUACGAGUUGGAGCACGAGGUGGGGCGCGGGCACUUCGGGCACACGUGCGCGGCGACGGGGAAGAAGGGCGAGGUGAAGGGCGUGCAGUGCGCCAUCAAAGUCAUUCCCAAGGCCAAUGUGAGCCGCGCUCCGGGGUACAUUGGAUUAUUACCCUGUGAAAACGGGUUAAUAGUGGCACUCGAUCCUUCCCUCCUUCCCCCCACUCGCCCACUAUUUCCCCCCACCUUCUCCCCUCCUUUCCCCCACUCGCCCCCCAUUUCCCCCCACCUUCUCCCCUCCUUCCCCUCACUCGCGCCCCAUUCCCCCCACCUUCUCCCCUCCUUCCCCUCACUCGCGCCCCAUUCCCCCCCACCUUCUCCCCUCUUUUCCCCUUCUCUUCCCCACCCACAGAUGACGACGGUGAUAGCGGUGGAGGACGUGAAGAGGGAGGUGCGGCUGAUGCGCGCGCUGGGCCCGCAGGAGUUCGCCCUACCUAGCUCAUCAUCAGUUCCACAGCCCAACCUACUUCCCUCCUGCUUUUCCUCCCCUCCCAUCUCCUGCACUCUUUACAACUCUCCUCCCAUCUCCUGCACUCUUUACAACUCUCCUCCCAUCUCCUGCACUCUUUACAACUCUCCUCCCAUCUCCUGCACUCUUUACAACUCUCCUCCCAUCUCCUGCACUCUUUACAACUCUCCUCCCAUCUCCUGCACUCUUUACAACUCUCCUCCCAUCUCCUGCACUCUUUACAACUCUCCUCCCAUCUCCUGCACUCUUUACAACUCUCCUCCCAUCUCCUGCACUCUUUACAACUCUCCUCCCAUCUCCUGCACUCUUUACAACUCUCCCCUGCUGUCUUCCCGUUUCCCUUUGCCCGUCUCCUCCCCGCCCCGCCCUGCCACCAUGGCCCAUCAGUCUGCCUUCCUCUUCGCCCCAUUGCGUUUUCCAUCACUGCUGCACCUCUCUCCUCCCCUCUUCAAUCCUUAUCCCCGUCUCUCUCGUUUGUCCUCUCUUCACAACUCACCCCUUCCCCCACCCCAACCCAUCCCGCUUAACCUCCCGUCCGUGAUGUCACCCAGGGGAGGCAAGUACCCGGAGCACGAGGCGAGGGAGGUGAUGCGCCAGAUUCUCAACAUCAUUGCCUUCCUGCACCAGCAGGGCGUCGUGCACCGCGACUUAAAGCCCGAGAACUUCCUCUUCAAGUCACGAGACGAGGGCUCAGCACUACGAGCCAUCGACUUCGGCCUCUCCGACUUCGUCCGCCCCGACCAGAAGCUCAACGACAUCGUAGGCUCGGCGUACUACAUCGCCCCGGAGGUCCUCCACCGAGCCUAUGGCACUGAAGCUGACGUGUGGUCCGUGGGAGUCAUAGCCUACAUCCUCCUGUCGGGGUCGAGACCCUUCUGGGCGCGCACGGAGUCGGGCAUUUUCCGUGCCGUGCUGCGGCUGGAGCCAAACCUGAUAGACGCACCGUGGCCGGCGGUGUCGCAUGCUGGAAGGGACUUUGUGCACCGCCUGCUUACAAAGGACUACCGCCGCCGCCCCACAGCCGCCCAGGCACUGACGCACCCGUGGAUCCGCAGCAGCAGUGCGCGCAUCCCGCUGGACAUCGCGGUGUACAAGAGCCUGCGCGCCUUCUUCUCCUUCUCUCCGCUCCGACGAGCUGGGCUCAAGGCGUUGGUGCCGACGCUGACGGAGGACGAGUUGGUGUAUCUGAGGGCGCAGUUUGGGUACAUGGACGUGGAUGGGGAUGGACUCAUUGACUUCAACGACCUCAAAAACGCAAUGCAGCGAGUGGCAACAGACGCAAUGAGGGAGUCGCACACCAUCGACCUGCUCAAGACGUUAGAGCCAGCGCGCAUAUCGCGGAUGCCAUUCACGGACUUCUGUGCAGCAGCGCUGAACGUGUUUCAGCUGGAGGCGCUGCCCAACUGGCCCGAGCGGGCGCGCGUGGCGUACCAGACGUUCGUGCGAGGCGGCAAGGCGCACGUUACUAUCGAUGAGCUAGUCAAGGAGUUGGGGCAGGUAGAGUCCAUGGCCAACGCAGCUUUGUUAGACGAGUGGACCAACUUUGACGGCACGGUCAGCUUCCUGGGCUUCACGCGUCUGGUGCACGGCCCCUCGCGCGCCCGCAAGCAGCGCCACGUGCGCGCCAAGCCCAAGCCCUCCGUCUCCCCCACGUCUUCCGGGAGAGGGAAGCACCCCCCUGGGGUCCCUGAGAUGAAGCCAAUUCCGGAGGACGGGGGGGAGGGGAGGGCCGCGCAGGGGAGUGGGGUGCUGGGGCAGGGGCAGGCGGGAGUGCAGCAGCAUCAGCAACAAGGGCAGCAGCAGCAGCAGAGUCACCAGGAGCAGGUGCAGGCGGAUAUGCACUCGUUCAAACCCUACCAGCAGCAGCAGCCGCCACAGGCAAGUGGGGAGGGGGUGGGAAUGGAUGCCACAGCAGCAGUGGCAGGGCUGGGAAUCCCCAUGUUCCAGUCCUCGCAGCAGCAGCAGCAGCCGCACAUGGGGGCAUUGGGGGACGGGGGGAGGUCGGGGGGGAGUGCUUCUGGGGGGAACAGAUUAGGGGCGAGCCGACUAGGGGGGAGUGGGUCAAGGGGAGAGGCGAUGAGUGGGGGGACGGGAGGGAGUGUGAGUGAAGGGAUGGAUGCACAAAGAGCAGUGGGGGAGUAUGGAGGGGGGGUUGUGGGGAGUAGCCAUGGGGAGGGCGAAUCGGCGGUGCGGCAAGCGAAGGGUGUGGGAUCGAUUCCAGACGGCGUCAUGUCGGCAGAAGAAGCCGUGGCGGCGGGAGGGCUGUGA